AAAACAACAAAUGUGCUAUUCAUUAUCAAAUGAAAUUUGGCGCAAAAUAUUCAUUGUGUUCAAUUCAUUAUUUACAGUGGGUGAUCUUGUUCUCCUUGUGUUGGGUAUCAUUGUACAAUGGACUUUAUCAAACUAUAGUACAAUUUUACAAUCUCCAUUACCGGCAAUAUUUCCAACGAUUAUUUUCACUGGUUGUUUUGGUUUGCUCACAUCGUCUAUUGGAUAUGUUGGAUUAUGGAAACCAAUGCAUUGGAUUGCUAUAACGCAUAUAGUUGGUUUGUGUAUUGUGACACUGAUUGAAACUGUUAUAGCAACGGCAUCCGCAGUGUUACAUGAUCAAUUCAAUACAACAACGCAUACUUCAUUAUUACAUAGUAUAAAAUUCUUUUAUAAUAUAUCACAAUAUGAAAUAGAAAUGAAUCGAUUACAAACGGAAUUUACAUGUUGUGGAGUUGAAUCUUACUUGGAUUAUAGAAAAAUUGGUUCGAAUAUACCAUUCUCUUGUAUUAUUGGUUAUUUAGUUUAUGCAAAAGGAUGUGCUGAAUUAUUAAGUCAUUAUGUUGAACAAUAUACAAUUGCAUUGAUUACGUUAUGUUUUCUAUUUGCAAUUAUUCAAGCAAUCUAUUUGAUUAUAUCAAUUUUAAUGCUGAAUCGAUCGAUCGAUAGCAAAAAUUUAUGUACAUGAAGAAUGGCGCACAUGAGACUUAUGCGUUGAUUUGAUUUGAUUUAUUUACAUUUGACAUUUGUUUUCAAAAUAAUUCAAAAUAAUGAACUCUCUACUACGUACGAACCAUCAUAAAUGAAAUGUUCCUUCUAUAAAACUGACAUUCUCCUUUCUGUUUUUUUUUUUGUUAAUGAUGUUUUAAAUCAAUAAAUGAGUAUUACUUACUUUCUUA